UUUCGCUCUCUUUUUUCCCCCCUCUUCCAUCCAGAUACGUCACGACGGAUCAAACAGCUACCGUUUGAUGCAGCUUGGCUGUUUGGAGUCGGUAGCCAAUUCCACCGUCGCCUAUUCCUCCUCCUCUCCUCUAACUUAUUCUACCACCGGCACCGAGUUCGCCUCCCCGUACUUCUCCACCAACCACCAGUAUACCCCUCUCCACCACCAAUCUUUCCACUACGAGUUCCAACACAGCCACCCUGCAGUCAACCCCGACGCCUACUCCCUCAACUCGCUCCACCACUCUCAGCAGUACUACCAGCAGAUCCACCACGGGGAACCCACUGAUUUUAUUAACCUGCACAAUGCCCGGGCGCUCAAGUCCUCUUGCUUGGACGAGCAAAGGCGAGAGUUGGGCUGCCUUGAUGCUUACCGCCGCCACGACCUGUCUCUUAUGAGCCACGGUUCCCAGUAUGGGAUGCACCCAGAUCAAAGACUCCUACCCGGACCCAGCCUGGGGCUGGCCGCCUCGGGAGCAGAAGAUUUACAGGGAUCUGUGGAAGCUCAAUGUGGGCUUGUUCUCAACGGACAAGGCGGGGUGAUCAGAAGAGGUGGGACCUGUGUGGUAAACCCCACAGAUUUGUUUUGCUCUGUCCCUGGCCGCUUGUCUCUACUCAGCUCCACUUCUAAAUAUAAAGUGACCAUCGCUGAAGUCAAGAGGCGCCUGUCCCCACCCGAGUGCCUCAAUGCCUCUCUCCUAGGGGGCAUUUUGAGAAGAGCAAAAUCUAAGAAUGGGGGACGCUGUUUGAGAGAAAAAUUGGACAGGUUGGGUUUGAAUUUGCCAGCAGGUCGAAGGAAAGCAGCCAAUGUCACCCUCCUGACUUCCUUAGUAGAAGGGGAAGCUUUGCACUUGGCCCGGGAUUUUGGCUACACUUGUGAAACAGAGUUUCCAGCCAAGGCGGUAGGAGAGCACCUCGCCAGGCAGCACAUGGAGCAGAAAGAACAGACAGCAAGGAAAAAGAUGAUUCUAGCAACAAAACAAAUUUGUAAAGAAUUCCAGGACUUAUUGAGUCAAGACAGAUCACCCCUGGGAUCUUCCAGACCCACUCCAAUAUUAGACCUCGACAUCCAGAGACAUCUAACACAUUUCAGUUUGAUCACUCACGGCUUUGGGACUCCAGCAAUAUGUGCGGCCCUAAGCACUUUCCAAACUGUCCUUAGUGAAAUGCUGAACUACUUGGAAAAGCACACAGCACACAAAAACGGCGGAGCAGCAGAUUCUGGCCAAGGACACUCCAACUCGGAGAAGGCCCCCCUGCGGAAAACUUCAGAGGCUGCCGUGAAAGAGGGCAAAACAGAAAAGACAGACUAG